AUGCUGCCCUGGCGACGGAGCAAAUUCGUGCUGGUGGAGGAUGAGGCCAAGCGCAAGGCGAAGAGCCUGAGCCCCGGGCUCACCUACACGUCGCUGCUCUCCAGCUUCCUGCGCUCCUGCCCGGACCUGCUGCCCGACUGGCCGCUGGCGCGCCUGGGCCGCGUGUUCCGCAGCCGGCGGCAGAAGGCCGAGCUCACCCGGGAGGACCCCACCUACACCGUGUGGUACCUGGGCAACGCCGUCACCCUGCACGCCAAGGGCGAGGGCUGCACCGACGACGCCGUGGGCAAGAUCUGGGCGCGCUGCGGGCCGGGUGGCGGCUCCAAGAUGAAGCUGACGCUGGGCCCGCACGGCCUCCGCAUGCAGCCGGGCGAGCGCGGCGCCGCGGGGGCCCCGGGGGGCGCGGGGGGCCGGCGGCCGGCGGCGCACACCUACCUGCUGCCCCGCAUCACGCACUGCGCUGCGGACGGCCGCCACCCGCGCGUCUUCGCCUGGGUGUACCGCCACCAGGCGCGCCACAAGGCCGUGGUGCUGCGCUGCCACGCCGUGCUGCUGGCGCGGGCGCACCAGGCGCGCGCCCUGGCCCGGCUGCUCCGCCAGGCCGCGCUGGCCGCGCUCAGCGACUUCAAGCGGCUGCAGCGCCAGAGCGACGCGCGCCACGCGCGCCAGCAGCUCCUCCGCGCCGGGGGCGCCGCCGCCUCCGUGCCCCGCGCGCCGCUGCGCCGCCAGCUCAACGCCAAGUGCGCCUACCGGCCGCCCCCCGCCGAGCGCGGCCGCGGGCUGCCGCGCCUGAGCAGCAUCCAGGAGGAGGACGAGGACGAGGAGGAGGAGGAGGACCGGGGCGCGGAGGAGCGCCCGGAGGAGGGGGCCCCCCAGCCCGAGCGGGCCGAGGUGCUCAGCCUGACCCGGGAGCUGAGGACGUGCAGCCUGCGGGGCGCCCCGGCGCCGCCGCCCGCACAGCCCCGCCGCUGGAAGGCCGCCCUGCGGGAGCGGGCGGGCCAGGCGCGCUGA